CAUUUCAGGUUUUCUAUAACCAAAAUGGCAUCUCGAGGAUUGACGCUCCUUUCGUAUUGUAUGAAGCAACGACUUCAGUCUUUUCCAUCAUUUUCCCUGUCAAAGUCCAUGUUGAUGCAGCCCAGACUAGCAACCUUCACUACAGGUAUUCAGGUGAAAGCCCCACAGGUACAGAAGCCAGCACCUCCAUUCAAAGGCACAGCAGUCAUUGAUGGGGAAUUCAAGCAGAUUUCUCUGGAAGAAUUCCGUGGCAAAUAUCUUGUCCUCUUCUUCUACCCCCUUGACUUCACAUUUGUGUGUCCAACUGAGAUCAUAGCCUUCAGUGAUCGGAUGGAUGAGUUCAAAAAGAUCCAGACAGAAGUUAUUGGUGUGUCUACAGACUCUCACUUUAGUCAUCUGGCAUGGAUCAAUACUUCUCGAAAGCAAGGUGGCUUAGGAGGUCUCAAGUAUCCCUUGCUGUCUGACUUCAGCAAGACAAUAGCCCGGGACUAUGGUGUGUUACUGGAAGGUGCAGGAGUGGCACUCAGAGGUCUUUUUAUCAUCAAUCCUGAAGGAAUACUUCGUCAGAUCACUGUGAAUGACCUUCCAGUGGGACGAUCAAUUGAUGAAGUUCUUCGACUUGUUAAGGCCUUCCAAUUUACUGACCAACAUGGUGAAGUCUGUCCUGCCAACUGGACUCCAGAUUCACCAACAAUCAAGCCAAGUCCUGAGAAAUCCAAGGAGUAUUUCUCCAAAGUGAAUUGAAAUUGAUCGUGGAAGGUGUAGGAAGAAAGUGUUUUUUGCAGUUUUGCUCUAUCCUGCAUCUGAGAGUGUUCAAUGUUGGCUGUUCUACCAAGCAUGUUUCUUUGGUAAUUAAGGUGAAUAGAUAAAUGAAAAGCCUUGUGAUGUGACUGCAGAGUUAUUUGGAAGAUACCUUGAAGCAAUAGAAACCCAAGGAAUAUAUAUCCACCGUGAAAUAAAUGAUGCUUGGUGGUUUCUUUCAUAAAGGUCUCUCUGGUCAGUACACUGUUGUCAAAGUGAAAUCAUGUGAAUGGCUUAGUGCAUAACCUGGGUUUGUGCAAUAAAGGAAGCCAACAGCU